CACAGUAAGCUUGUCCCUCUCUUUCUUGGCUUCUCUUAUUGCAGUUCCUUAGAGUGAUUCUCCAAGUUAUUUAUGGUAACUUUGUUGGUUUGUAGCUAGUUUUGAUAUAUUGCUUUGUGCAUUUUAAGCAGUAUUGAUUUGAUUUGGUGACAAAGAUGAAAUCUUUGAGUAGUGUAGGACUUGGUUUGAGUAUAGUUUUCGGUUGCCUGCUAUUGGCUCUUGUUGCUGAGCUUUACUACUUGCUAUGGUGGAAGAGAAGAUUCACCAAUAGAGAGAUUGGAGAUGAGUACAGUAACCCAGCAAGAGAGCUUUUUUACUUGUUCUGUCUGAAAAAGCCAUCUUCUUUAAGACACUCUCAAGAACUAUGCUCUUCAGUGAGAAUCACAGACGCUCUUGUCCCCCAUGAGCAAGAUUCUCAGCUUCAUAGUACAAGCAAAGAGUUUCUGUUCAAGCCCUUUGGCGAUGAUCCUAUGGACACAGAGCUUAUGAGGCUGAAUAGUCUCUCAGGUCCGCCGAGGUUUCUCUUCACCAUUAUUGAAGAAACAAAGGAAGAUUUAGAGUCUGAAGAUGGCAAGUCUAGAGGUGACAACAAGAGUGCAAAAGGUUCAAGAAGUAGAAGCUUGAGUGAUUUGCUUCUCAAUUUAGAAACUCCAUAUCUAACCCCUCUUGCUUCCCCGCCAUUUUUCACACCUCCUCUUACUCCAUUGGACGCUGGCUACGGCCAGAGUAGAUUCAACCAUCUCUUUGAAUCAGCAGCAGAUGCAGAGUUUAACAAGGUAAGAUCAUCACCACCACCAAAAUUCAAGUUCUUGCAGGAUGCAGAGGAGAAACUAUACAGAAGAAAACAGAUGGAAGAAGCAGAGAAAAAGGUCCAGAAGAAUGAUGGGUUUGAUCUAGAUGAUGCAAAAAAGGCUGCUACAUCAAAGUUUCUGAAAGAUGAGGAAGAUGGAUCCUUUAUCACCAUCUUUGUUGAUAAGAACAAAGAAAAAGAGCUUAAUAAUCAAAAUCACCUUCCACAGUACCAUUCAAGCACUUCACAGAUACUUCCUCUUGCUUCUUCACCUUUAAGAUUCACAUCAGCAGCCAAUAAAAGUCCCAUCUUCCAUUAAUGCUUAUCAUUCAUGAUCAAUUAACAUAUAAUCAAGAGGUGUUUCCAUUUUUCACUAUUCACUUUCAAUUAUAUUAGAUAUUAAUUUUGAUUUAGGAUUUUCCCUUUUUCUUUUCUUUUCUUUUCUUUUUUCUUUAAUAUCUGCUGGGAUGUUUGGAGAUGGUGAUUAAAGGUGAAACCUGCAAAACACUCGUGAAACGUUUUGUCAAAAAAUUUCAAGUGGAGAGGAGAACAAUUUCUGCUAUCUCUAACUUUUGAAACUUGAAAGGUGAGCAAGAGCAAGUGGUGGACUUGUGGGGUUGCUUUGUUUUAUUCAAUCUCCAUGUCUCCCUGAGCUGUCUUGUACAUGUAAUCAUUCUGCUGAGUGACUGUACUACUGCUGUUUUUGUCCACAGGAGCACUGUAAAAAAAAUUAUUUCAAGACCAAAAGCAACUGCUUUUGUUCUUUUUUCUUUUUUGUUGAAUUAAACUAACAUUAUUGCGAA